AUGAAGGGGCCCUCGCACCCGGGCUCACCGCCACCCCGUGGCCAUAGAAAAACAGCGAACAGCGGGCAAUAUGCUAUUAAAGUGAUUUCGUCGACAACGUCGGAGGUGUAUUUUGGCGUCUCUUCUUGUGACUGGCAUAGUUUCGAUGAUAACAUCAACUGUUUGGACCAUGGAGAACAUUUCAGAAUCACACCAGGACUACACAAAUAUACCUGUAAUCUCACACUGGACAUAAACACAGCAAACAAUCAUCUCUCUCUGUCUGAGGGGAACAGAAAGGUGACGCGAGUGGAAGAGGAGCUGCCUUAUCCAGAUCAUGCAGAGAGAUUUGACUGCUUUGAACAAGUUUUGUGCAGAGAGAGUCUUUCUGAACGCUAUUACUGGGAGGCCGAGUGGAGUGCGAGGGGAGCUGGACUGUCAGUGACGUAUAAGAAAAUCCAAAGAACUGGAAGCGACUGUAGGUUUGGCCUCAAUGAAAUGUCCUGGAGUCUGAUCUGUUUUGAUAACAAAUACUCUGCCUGGCACAGCAAUAAGAGAACCAACUUACUUGCCCCUUCUCCCUCCUCUAAUAGAGUAGGAGUGUAUCUGGACUGGCCAGCUGGAAAGCUGUCCUUCUACAGUGUCUCUGACACACACACACACACACUCAUUCACUUACACACAUACCACGCCACAUUUACUGAGCCCCUCAAUGCUGGAUUUAGGCUUUAUCCAAAUUCUUCAGUUUCACUGUGUUAAGGUCUUUGCACAAUGAGUCCGAAAUUUUCGCACGUUAAAAAAUAAAUACGACCUCACGUUGUGUCAAUAACAUUUACAUACUGCCUCAGAAACUUUCGUCCGUCGGAUCAGGUUCGAUUUUCUGCGUUUUCGCAUCAGUAGCAAGCAUUUUGAUUUCGGACUCAGUGAACCUUUAGAAUGAAGAGCUUCGUAAUAUAGCCUGUAUGUUAGUCUUCUGUAUGUAUAUGCCAUUGCAACCUAGUCUCGAUGUGGAAAACGAAAUUUGUGCAAAACCAGAAAUGCUACCUCUAUCACAGUGGAUAAUUUUUAUUUAUAAAUGUCUGAUAUUUACAAGUGUUUAACUGGACAACAACAACAAAACCUUGCCUCUGAGACAGAUCAAGCUUACUUACUUCCCCAACUAACCAAAAACAGGAAAGAAAUGUAAAUGUAUGGAAACAAACAGUGGUGUCAGUCUCCCUACUUACCCAAAAUAGCAAUGUCAAACCUCCAAACUGGUCCACUUGAAGAAAUCUCACAAAAAUAACGAUGCAGGUGGAAUGAGUCUUUCACCGUUUUCAAGAAACGACUGAUGACGGAUGUUUUUCAUCAACUCUUGGCCGAAUAAUCCUAGCACUUACUAUUCUAUUCCUUUCUAUUUAUGUAUUAUGCUACAUGUAUUAUGUUAGACUGAGACUUGUCACAACAGUUACAUAUUGUGUCUCUAUUGUUGAUUUGAUUGUUCUCCUCAUUUGUAAGGAUAAAAGCAUCUGCUAAAUGAUUAAAUGUGAAUGUAAAUAUGAUGCUCAAAUGAAAAGUCAAGAAUUUAAUCCAAGUUAAUUCUACAGUGUUUUAUCUACAGCUGUAGCUUGAGGAUGAUGAAGCUUCUGCGAGUUUAAUAUGUUACUGAAUAUCUGUUAGUGUGCUUUGUUACUUCAUGUUCUCAUUAAUUUUAUUUCAUAACUUAAUUUUUUGACCCUACUUGCGUAUUGCACAUUACUAAUGUGAAGAUUCAUGUUAUUCCAAAGCAAACAAAAAAAUGUAAUCUUGAAACUGAAUACAGAUCAUGGAGUUAUUAACACAAUUAUCUGGACUGUGCACUGCAAGCACUUUGAGAAAAAUACAAAUCAUUUUUUUUAAUGGACAAAUAAUGUGAAAAAUGUUACAUAGCUCUGCCAAGUUUUUUUUUGCCUGUGAUAUUUUCAUGCUAUGACUGAACCACAUGCUUUAUUGCAAAAGGACAAAAGGAGAAUAUAAAAUCUUUUGAACUGCAACAAUUUUCAGAAGCUCCAGAUCUUUUCCACGGUCACCUCAAGAAUCAUUUGACUGAAAUAGAAGGUAAACAGUGUGAUGUUCUUUGUGGUGAGGAUGGGACUAUAUAUAUAUAUAUUCUGAAUAUAUAAUGUAGUUACAGUACUUUCAGUGGAAGCAAACAUGGCCAAGACUUUAUAUUAUGUGUGUUAACAUGAUACUGAUGUACCAACUGUGUCUGUUUCAAAACUAAUCAAUAUUUCAACAUAUGAAAAAUGUGAAGUAGAUUCAUUCUGUGUUAAAUCAACCGGAAGAAAAUGUAGAUUUUUCUUUUCUUUUUUUUCCCCUUGUGAAAGAAAUACAUAAAUAAUGAUGAAAGCCAAAACAUACAGCUGAGUAAUCUACUGUUUUGUGGAGGGAGGUCAAAAAUGACAACUUUUGUUGGUGUUUAUUGUAAAUCUGAAGGAUUAGGACUUACAUCAUAUGUAACACCAGACACUAGCAACAAUUCAUUCAUGUACAUACAA